AGAGAGAGAGAGAGAGAGAGAGCACUUGUUGUUUGACAGUGUCUGCACUGUGCAGUCAGAGGAGCGAGAGAGAAAAAUGGACGCGCUGCAAUGGAGGAUAUUGCCGGUGCUUACACUGAUCGCUUCUUUCCUACUAUUUUUCUAUUUCCAGUAUCCCUCCCAGCAAUAUCCGAAAAACUGCAGCCUGCUGCCUUUCCAACAUUAUUGGAUCGCCAGCAAGCGCAUUGUGACACCUCAAGGGGUUAUUUCUGGAGCAGUUGAGAUUAAGGAUGGGAAGAUUGCCUCAAUUGUUAAAGAAGAGGAAAAGCAUGGGAAGAUCAAGUCGGAAAAUGUGAUUGAUUACGGAGAGGCCGUUGUCAUGCCUGGCCUGAUUGAUGUGCAUGCACAUCUCGACGAUCCUGGAAGAGCUGAAUGGGAAGGAUUUCCUUCCGGAACUAAAGCUGCUGCUGCUGGUGGGAUAACAACAUUGGUUGACAUGCCUCUGAAUAGUGACCCAUCGACUGUCUCCAGAGAGACUUUGGAACUCAAGAUUAAGGCCGCCGAGAGCAGAAUUUACGUUGAUGUUGGCUUUUGGGGAGGGCUUGUUCCUGAAAACGCGUUCAAUGCAUCUGCUCUCGAGGACCUCCUAGAUGCCGGCGUUCUUGGUCUAAAGUCUUUUAUGUGUCCAUCCGGGAUCAACGACUUUCCUAUGACAAAUGCCAGUCACAUUAAGGAGGGACUGUCUGUACUAGCGAAAUACAGAAGGCCUUUACUUGUACAUGCUGAGAAAGAACAAGAACUCGAAAGCAACUUGGGAGUUGAAGAUGGUAGUAACAAUCCUCGUUCUUAUUCAACAUAUCUCAAGACCAGGCCACCUUCGUGGGAAGAGGCAGCAAUUAAGGAUCUCUUGACCUUGACAAAGGACACAAGGAUUGGUGGCCCGGCAGAAGGAGCUCAUCUUCACAUUGUUCACUUGUCAGACUCGCGCUCUUCAUUAGAUCUUAUUAAGGAAGCGAAAAGUGGCGGUGAUAGUUUAACUGUUGAGACAUGCCCUCACUACUUAGCUUUCUCAGCCGAAGAGAUUCCCGAUGGAGAUACGCGUUUCAAAUGUUCUCCACCCAUCCGCGAUGCAGCCAACAAGGAAAAACUGUGGGAGGCUUUGUUGGAGGGACACGUUGACAUGCUAAGCUCUGAUCACUCACCAACCAUGCCGGAACUUAAGCUUCUCGACGGUGGAGACUUUUUGAAAGCUUGGGGUGGCAUAUCAUCUCUGCAGUUUGUUCUUCCUGUGACAUGGUCAUAUGGCCAGAAAUAUGGAGUGACAUUACAACAGUUAGCUUUAUGGUGGAGCGAAAGGCCGGCCAGGCUCGCUGGACAAAAAUUGAAGGGGGCAAUUGCAGUAGGGAAUCACGCGGAUAUCGUAGUAUGGGAUCCAGAUGUGGAAUUCGACCUCGAUGAUGAAUUCCCCAUGCACGUCAAACACCCAGGUAUUUCAGCUUACUUGGGGACAAAGUUAUCCGGAAGAGUUGCAGCCACAUUUGUAAGAGGAAACCUUGUCUUCGAAGAGGGGAAACAUGCUCCCGCAGUCUGCGGCGUUCCAAUUCUGGCAAGCUGAGAAUGAAAUAAGAACUGCCAAUUGGCGAGCGGAAUCGCACAAAACUCUCUUGUAUAUAUGGUUGUAUGAUCAAAUCUUGUUCAUGUAGGGCUCUGCCAUGGUUAAAUAUUGUUCAUGGCAUCCAUCUUCUCUAGGGUUUAAGUGUACGUAUAGCCUGUUGUUUCCCAGAUCUGUCAUAUUACGUUUACGAAAUAGUUCAUGUGAGCUCGAUUCUCAUAUAUAUGACACAAAUUUUUCGGCUCA